AUGAAAUUGCUGCUGAUAUGCGGCCUUAGUGGACGAGUUCUUAAGCUUUCGAAGGUUUCUUUACGAACGAAGGUCAUUCACACCGUAGUUUUUUGGCUUACACUUUUUAGGUCGCCUUCCCCCUCUUCAUCUACGAAUUUCUCUCUGGUUGUUCCUCAACAAGUUGUUUUUCAGCUAAUAUUUUAUUCGCUAUCAUUCAUUUAUUUAUACAUUCUUUUUCAGUGCCAAGUUGUAAGUGAACGACAAAAAUUAAUGGCGGAUCAGAUAAAAAUUCGUCGGCGUCAACGAAAAGACAGCAUUAUGAAUUUACAACGAGAUCAACUCACCUCAACUAUCAGCGCAGCUGCUGCACUUUCUGGUCAGAUGAAUUUCGGACUUGGUGGAUUAAGCCUGCUAUGUGACCUUUCUUUCUUUCCUUCCAUCCCUUCUUCUAAAAACAUAAUUGGAUUCAUAUUCAACGUGCUCGUCAUCCUCUCACCGUCACCGUCCGAUACACUACCUCGGAUUACAUCUGUUGUUCUCACAGAUUGGAUUGAGCGCCAUGUUUAA